CGGCAAAGACUACGUUUUUCCCCCAGGGGUGAAAUCCAUUGCCCGUUUCGGUCCGCUUUGCUUAACCCGCUCCUGCUUCCCCCCUUUUGUGCGCUAAGCUUCCUCCCCUUCUCUCUCUCUCUCUCUAUAAAACUCUCUCCUCCUGCUUCCACCCCCUCUCCCUGUGUAGAGAGAGGGAGCCGGAGCCACACACCAGCGCACAGCCACCACCACCACCGACUGCGUCCGUCCAUCCGUCUCUUCUUCCUCAUCCUGCCAUCGCCAUUGCCGCCGCCGCAGCUUCCUCCUCCGCAGCUGCGAUACGGAUGAGAAGCAGCGCGACCGGGGCAGCGACUGCGCGGUCGGCCUGAGGACCGGAGAGGCAGGCCGGCGGGCUGCAGAGCUCAGCUCAGCUCAGAGGAGGCUUCAACCAGGCAGACUGAAACCGAGCCCCCAUGGGCUCCCUGGAGGCGCGGUACCGGCCGGCCGGAGCAGCUGAUGACACAGCUAAAAGAAGGACCCAGAAAAGUAAAAGUUUCAAAGAGGUUGAAAAGUUUGAUGUAUUUGUUCUAGAGAAAAGCUCUGGCUGCAAGUUCCGGUCCUUGCAACUUUUGCUCUUCGCUAUCAUGUCUGCUGCAUUUCUGACACUUCUAUACACGCCAUCUGUGUAUGAGCAUCAGUUGCAGUCCAAUUCUCGGUUUGUUAAUGUCGGAUGGAUAUGGGAUAAGACUAUCCCUGAUCCGAGAUAUGUAUCUUCUAUGGCCGUCCAGUGGGAUGAUGUGUAUAAAACUAUCGAAAGUCUGAAUGGUGGUGAGCAGAAGCUCAAAGUCGGACUCUUAAAUUUUAACAGCACUGAGUUCGGGUCUUGGACACAAUUGCUCCCAGAAAGUGAGUUUUCGAUCAUAAGGUUGGAGCAUGCUAAUGAAAGCAUUACCUGGCAGACGCUGUAUCCUGAAUGGAUUGAUGAGGAGGAAGAAACAGAGAUACCAUCUUGUCCAUCGCUUUCAGAGCCUAAUUUCCCAAGAGGCACGCAUUUUGAUGUUAUUGCUGUGAAGCUUCCCUGUACCCGAGUUGGGGGGUGGUCAAGAGAUGUUGCACGGUUGCAUCUGCAGUUGUCAGCAGCAAAAUUGGCCGUGAGUGCCGCUAGAGGCAACCGUGGGGUACAUGUGAUGUUUGUGACGGAGUGCUUCCCUCUUCCGAAUCUCUUCUCUUGCAAGAAUCUUAAGAAACAUGAAGGCAAUGCUUGGCUAUACAAGCCUGAUCCGAAGGCUUUAAAGGAGAAGCUUAGACUUCCAAUUGGAUCUUGUGAGCUUGCUGUUCCACUCAAAGCAAAAUCAAGACUUUUCUCGGUAGACCGACGCAGAGAAGCAUAUGCUACCAUACUGCAUUCAGCAAGUGAGUAUGUCUGUGGUGCAAUCGCAGCAGCUCAAAGCAUUCGUCAAGCAGGAUCAACAAGGGACUUUGUUAUUCUUGUCGAUGACACCAUAAGUGACCAUCACCGAAAGGGCCUUGAAUCUGCGGGUUGGAAGGUCAGAAUAAUUGAGAGGAUCCGGAACCCGAAGGCCGAGCGUGAUGCUUACAAUGAGUGGAACUACAGCAAGUUCCGGUUGUGGCAGCUCACGGACUAUGACAAGAUCAUAUUCAUAGAUGCUGAUCUGCUCAUCUUGAGGAACAUUGAUUUCCUGUUUACAAUGCCAGAAAUCAGUGCAACCGGCAACAAUGCAACACUCUUCAACUCUGGUGUCAUGGUCAUCGAACCCUCAAACUGCACAUUCCAGCUGUUAAUGGAGCACAUCAAUGAGAUAACAUCUUACAAUGGUGGUGAUCAGGGCUACUUGAAUGAGAUAUUCACAUGGUGGCAUCGGAUUCCCAAGCACAUGAACUUCCUGAAGCAUUUCUGGGAGGGUGAUGAAGAGGAGGUGAAGGCGAAGAAGACCCAGCUGUUUGGCGCCAACCCACCGAUCCUCUACGUCCUCCACUACCUGGGCCGCAAACCAUGGCUAUGCUUCCGGGACUAUGACUGCAACUGGAACGUUCCGAUACUGCGGGAGUUUGCCAGCGACAUUGCGCACACCCGGUGGUGGAAGGUGCAUGACAAGAUGCCCAAGAAGCUCCAGAGCUACUGCCUGCUGAGGUCAAGGCUGAAGGCCGGGCUGGAGUGGGAGCGGAGGCAGGCAGAGAAGGCCAACUUCACCGACGGGCACUGGAAGCGGAACAUCACGGACAAGAGGCUCAAGAUUUGCUUCGAGAAGUUCUGCUUCUGGGAGAGCAUGCUGUGGCACUGGGGUGAGGCCCCCAACUCGACGAAGAAGGCCUCGACGCCGGCACUGCCCACCGCGACCCUCUCAAGCUCAUGAUGGGAUGUUGUGUAGAUAUUAUCCUCCCCGAGAAAUUUUAGCAUACCAGAAGAUACAGCAGACUCCCAGUCUCUCCUUGAUACAUACACAAUAGCAACAGCUUGUAAAGGUAGCCAUGCUGCUCCUAGGGCUUUCCUCAACAGCUAUACAUUUUGUUUGCUGCCAAUGCCUUGGGGUCGCGCUCUCGUUGCUGCUGCUGCUGCCGCUCCAACCGCGACGGCUAACGAUUUUUUGGUUGAUGGAUGGAUGGAUAAUAAUUCGUCGCGUGUAGGUAAAUUUUCUUGGGCAAGACUUGUCUAUGGCUCUGCGUUGGUGCAGCAGUAGUUAGCUUUUGUAAUGUAAUGUAAUGUAUGGUGGUUGUCGAACUGUUGGUUCCGGCGGCGUUGGUCUGGGGUGAUGCAAGGUUCAUAUUUUGCUGACCGGCGGACGCCGCCGUUUCUCCUUUUUGGCACCAUGGAUGAUGGACAUGAACAUGAUGAUGAUGUAAUGGAAUUCGGGUUGGUUCAA